AUGUUAUCUGUAAUGAAUCAUGAAAUCUCCACAAUUCUACAGAGGCAACAUCGCGUCCGAUAUUCAGAAUCAGUGGAAAUUGGUUCCGUGAUUUUUUCUCUUUCUGGUGUUGCAUUUAUACUGGUAGACAUUCAAGACUUGCUUGUGAGAGGGGAAGAACAGUUUUUAGAAAGAAUUCAGAAGUUUAUAAACAUACAUCGGAAUAGUUUUCUGGUUUUGUCAGCUGCUCUCCAUGGACCACAAGAAUGGAAUGAAAUGUUUAGGAUUCAGAGAAGAUUCCUGGGAAGCAAUUUACGUAUAAUACCAGUUCAUAAUACUGCUGAAACUGUUAAGUUGAUGCUAACUAUAGCUAAGAUGAAUUCCAAGCCACGCGCAGAUGAUGUUUCUCAGAAAAUGGCAAUGACAAAAACCCACAUAAUAGAAAACAGUCCAGUCUGGAAGAUGCUUCAGGAGUACCAGAAGUUGCAUAGUAAUUAAUUUAGUAAGAAGUUUUAUUCAUAAAUUAAUUAUAGCAGCUAUACUUUAAACAAUAUAUAGUAUGUUCUUAAAAUAUCCUUUGCAUUAAAAAAAAAACUAUAUACACAAUUUACACAUUUGAAACAAAUUUAUAUUAAAUAACUCUACAGUUAAAAAUAGUAUACCUUAUACUCUGUAUGUUUUCUAACAACAACAA